CCAAGCAAGCCAGCGAACACAUCCCCAACUACCCGACAGCCGACCAGCAGACAGAGCGAGACGACACCAUACACAGCAACGGCAGCAGGGAUCCGUGGGGAUGGAAGUACGAGGCAUUCGUGUGACGCCUCCGUGAACCCUUACCAUCAUGGAAGGAAGCAGGAGAAGAAGGAGGAGCAAGCGAGAGCGUACGAAUCAGUCAUCGUCCCGGCCCGUACUUGCAUGCGGAGUUCUUCUGGUUUCGUUUGUACUCGUUGAGCUAUGGGUAAUGCACCACCAUGGCCCGACCCAUCGACCCGACCCGACGCCGCAGUACCUUGACUCCUACUCGAGACUGCCUGGUGUAGUUUCCCCUGGGAAAGCGGAGGAGCAUGACUCUUUGCCACGUCCGGGGGCGCCCUCGGUUCCGGACUCGAUGAAAGCAGCCCGCUCGCGGACCGAAGAUGAAGAUGUUCCCCGAGAACCCAGAACAGAAAGACCAGCAGCACCGGCUGCGGUGGCCUGGGACCAUCCGAAGGAGGACCUUGCUACCGUCGCACUCGAAUUGCCACCACGCCAGACUCUGUCGGGAUCGCAUGAUGGUGUGUCGGGCAGCGAGGAUGAGGACAAUGGAUACGGGGAUAUGAGAGUGGCGGUGCUGAUCCCAUACUCCGGCCCCGGCCUCCCGACAUGGUUUGAUGCCUUCACGGACCUUGCGGCAUUGAACAAGGACCUAGUCGACUGGCUUAUCUUCUGCGAAGAGGAUUUGGCCCAGGUGAAGACACCUCCAAAUGUCCGCAUGAUGAGUACCUCUCCUGCAGAGCUUGCCUGGAUGCUGGCUGGGGUGGUGUACCCGGCCGAUGCGGACGAACGUCCCGAUGUAUAUGUUUCGGAUUUCCACAUGGCUUUGAUGGGGGACCUCACGGAUCUUCAAAUGCAUGCGAGGAAUGUCCGCGGGACGGCUGCAAGGUUCAUCCAGAAACUUCUUGCAAAGAAUCCUUACUACAUGGUGGAGUUCAAGCCGGCCCUGGGUUGGGUUUUCCGGGAGUAUAUAAAGGAUUAUACGCACUGGGCGUACGGCGAUCUUGAUGUGUUUUUCGGUGACCUAACAAAAGGCUGGUUGGAGCCCAGUGAGAUGCGAGACUACGACAUCAUCACGUACAGCUUCGGAGACCAGCAGCGCGCAUACUUGAGAGGCCAGCUGACGGUGCACAAGAGCAUCCACAAGGUCAACCACAUUUGGCGGGAUUGUCCCCAUUUGUCCAACUACUACAGGCGGAUUGAGAGGACAAUGGAGACGAAGCAGUACAACCUCGAGAGCGCGGAAGGCUGCUACAGCAUGGCCCUCAUGUACUCCAAAGACGUCAAGGCCAAAUAUGCCGUCAAGGUUUUCACCGACAUGCCAGGCGGUAAGCAAGACGACCAAGAGGAGGUUGUCAUCACAGGGGAUGGGCUUGUGAAGCGCUGCCCGCAACAGCAGGGGAGGAGAGGCGACGUGGUUGAGCCAGAUUUCGGUGGAAAGAUGCAGGUGGAUAGGGGCGAGUACUUUCCGGUGGAGAAGGAGGAGCAGGGCUACUUUUGCGAGUACUGGAUAAGCCCCAACUUCCAGACGUGCCUGAAGCUGAAGGAGUCUCUGACCAAGACGAACGUCUUCCUGUUGGAGGGGCGGUACUACGAGCGAGAGUUCGUCAAUUUGUGGCAGGACAAGGUGGAGGACGGCUGCAGCAUGGGUGCUUUCCACCACUUUCAGGAGCUCAAGGGAAACUACAGGGCAUGGAACACCAGACCACAGAUGUCGCCUGUACAUAGAGGGAUGGUGGCGGGGAACGGUGGGCUGGUUCCGCUGCCGAACGGAGAUUGGCAUGCCAUGACUUUGGACCCCAACGCUCCUCCUCCGGCGGACCGAGACCGGUUUACAUACCGGUACUGCUUACAGUGGAGCGUUGAGAAUGAGAGAACGAAGGAGGCGAAGUUUAAUUGCGACAUCAGCCUGACCCCUAAAGACGGGUUGUUAACUCUGCACGACUCUAGGCGGCAAGAGGGGUUGAUCGGUGGGGCUGCGGUUACCCUGGGGGGGGUGGGGGGGGUCAGUGAUGUUCCACGGCUUCUACGAAGCUGUCGCGAUUGGGAAGGUCCAAAGAUUAUUGUGUUGAUGUUGAACAACCGACAGCGGGAAAGGGUCGUUGUUCUAGAUUUGAUUCGCGCGGAGGAAAAGGUUGGGGGACUGGACAACGCUUACAUUGUGUUUUUCUUCUCGCCGAGCUCUGGUGGCCAUGAAGUGAAUGGUGGUCACCUCCCGACAAAGGCACUCCUGAACGCCGUGGGCGACUUGUGCCAAACAAGGCAUCUUCUGAUACUUCCGUCUGACUUCCGCAUAGCAAGAGGCGCCGAGCAAGCAGUGGUUACGGCCCUCAAGACCCCGACAGAAGCACCGAGAGUGUUGAUAAUCCCGCAGUGGUGUGUAGACCGCGAUCAUGAGCGUGGCUCCGGAGAGCUCCCAACCCUGGAGCUUGAAGACCUACGAAGGCAAGCUGCAGAUGGCACCGCCGACCUGUGUUUCUCGGAUACACGCGCGAAUCGGGAUCUAUACCUCGGAGGUUCGGUGCUCGAAGGGGCAGUUUACGGCGAGGGAGCCGGGGAGGGGUUGGGGGAUGCCGGUGCGAGACAUCGCGGCAUGGGUGGCACGAGGACGACGAAGAACGGACUGGCGCUGCUACUAUCGGACGCCGUGAGCCCCGUGAUAGUCGUGGACAUGUGGUCAGCUCCUGCACUGUUUUUACGUCACAUUGAGGAGUUGAGUGGAUCAAGAUGUUUCGACGGCGCCUAUGCGAGGGGACUGUGGGCGGCUGGAUUUUCGUUCGAAGUUCUCCCGGAGGCCGCUGCCUUUAGCGCCAGUCUGCCGCCAAGAACUGACCAAUGCCGGCACGGAGUGAUGGUGCAGAUGGGUGCCUAUAGCACGUUUCUUCAGGACGUCCGGCGGGUUUAUUGGAGGGAGUCAGGCAGUUUUACCGAUAUCUUCAAAAUCGGGAUCCGAUCUGAGGCCGAAUAUCGAGCUGAGGCGAAACCACGAUCGCGUCGCAGAGCGAACUCGCAUCCAUUCCAUCGCCAGAUGCACGAUGAAGAGUCAGGCCAACAGGAAUCGCCCGAACUUCCAUAAAGCGAGCUGGCCUUGCAGAAGGUGUAGUAGCCCGUUAAGGGCGGGGUUCGUUGCUACUAUAGCUGUACUAUAGUCGGGAAGAAUCGAACUCCCGAAUAUGAUACGUUCAACCCUUGAGCCCCAGGAGUACAUCAAUUGCGUUCCUAAGUAGGGUAGAGUUUUGAAGUUGCCCAUGUAGAGACGGCGAACAUGGGUUGCUCUCCCUGGUGUUGCUUUGUGAUUUGGAAUCAAUCUCUGUCGCCAUCUGGUGGCCUGUCGUUUUCAUGGUGGACGCCAGCAAUCGUUUGCGACAUUGAGAAUAUAGAGAAGGUGAUAACGAUGGCCGGUUGUCCUCUUUGGAGAACAGCGCAAUUUUGUUAUCUUUGUCGGUCGCCCUCGUGCCUUUUUCGCGUGUCGUUUGUGCUGUGAGUGCGUUGUCGUUGGUAUUGUUGUGCCGCUCCACCACAGGCUUGAGCGCGAGCUGCACGCGCUUCUAGAAUGUCUGUUUGUGCGAAACGUGUGGUGUAGAUAAUGCAAAGUUGUGUGUCGCCCUGCUGAAUCUGAUCGUGCCUUGUGUGCGCAUGAGGGCAUCACUGCGUGCGGGAACGUCGCGUCUGUAGUUGUUACCGUUUCUACACACUCGCUUGUUAUGGUCUGGCUGUGAGGUCUGGAAGGAUUCUCGAAAGCUGGUAGAUGUUUUUGUUCACACGCACUGUGUUUUGCAGUAUUUGGGGUGUUUUUCCACUUCGAAGUAAAUUAUUAAGGAUCCCUGUUGUAGACUUUUAUUAGGUUGUGUGUAGUGGGUUUUUCACAGCGUGUUGAGAACAUUGGUGUGUACUUUAUGCGCGUAAUCGUUGAAAACAUGUGUUCAUUAUUCACCAUUAGGAGUGCGGUUGCAAGAUGGCAUGUUGUUCCAAACCGCUCGGCCCCACAUGCGGCAUUUGCUGCGUGUCCCAAAGCUAGAGACGGCACGUACCAGUGCCUGGCGGAGUAGCAUCGGGGGCUCUUGCAUGAACGCCAUGAUGUGGUUCUCUGAUUCGAGUCAGUAUAUGUUCCACCUCGAUAUCCUUUGGUCGCACGCACGGAGCCAACUCGAGCCUCGAAUACUGAGCAGUCGAACAAGCGGAGCAGCAAGCUGCCUGAUCGGG